AAUGCAAGCUGUAGCCUGCAGGUUAGAAAAAAGCAUCCUCCAAAUAUCAUUUCAGAGGGAAAACAUGGAGAAAUUUGAGUGUUGAAAUAUUAGGGAGGGGGAAGGAUGGGGGCGGAGAAAACUUGAACAUGAGAGCUCAGAAAACUGCCAGUUUAGUGACAGAAACAAGCAUUUACAAGAAUUAGUGUGCUUGAUUAUUGUAGUGUAUAUAACAUCUGAAAGCCUGAGAUUACAGAAAAACAUAAAGAGCUUAAGGAUAAGGUUUGUGAAAAUCUAUCUGGGAGACUCAAGAAAUAAACAGGGAGACCAACUCAGAGACCACGCAACCUAACCAGGUCCAUCUGGUCACUUCACGGGGAAUCAGUUCAGUUAUUUGGAUCUAAUCAAGUCUUAAGUUCCUCAGACUCCUACCAAAUGGAAUCGGAAAAUGGCAGCUUCUUCAUGGAGAACAUAACAACAACCGCCAGGCCCAAACACAAGAGCAUUGUUGAUAACAGUACCUCCGUCACAUUUGGGGCCCUGAUUCUCAGCAUCGUCAUCCUCCUGGGCGUUCCUGGCAACCUCUUCAUCAUCUGGAGCAUUUUAGCUCGUGCCCGCAAGCGCUCCGUCACCACCCUGCUCAUCCUCAACCUGGCGUUUGCAGAUGGUUGCCUGAUGUGCCUUACCAUCUUCUUCAUAAUAUACCUGGCCAAGCAGAACUGGAUCUUUGGAGAGGUCAUGUGCAAGCUGCUCUUCUACUUGUGCAACACAAACAUGUACGCGUCUAUUAUGAUCAUUACACUGAUGAGUUUACACAGGCUGGUGGCAGUGAUGUGGCCCUCAUAUCUGAGCGUCUGUACUCGCAAACGGACCGUUUUUCUGGUGCUCGGAGGCCUGUGGGUUGCUGUCUUUCUUUUGGCACUGCCCGUUUUAAAAUUUAGGGCUGAAAAAACAAUUGGGAAUAAACGGACAGUGUGUGAAAUUCAUCACAAUCAUACAGAGCAGGCGGUAUUCCAGUAUACCCUUGAGACAGUGGUGGGCUUUCUGGUGCCGUAUGUGAUCAUAGUGAGCAGUUAUGUGUGUAUCCUCCGCCGCCUCAGACAGACCAAGUUCAAGAGGAUGAUACGAAGCGAGAACCUCAUUCAAGCCAUUAUUGUGACGUUCUGCAUUUUUUGGCUUCCUUACCACAUCCUUAAUGUAGUGCAGGUGGUGGCAGCGCUUACACCAGAGGGAGCGCCAUUAAAAACACAACUGGAAAAAAUCUGGGAGUCCAGCCGCGCCGUUACAUCUACUUUGGCGUUUAUAAGUAGUUGUGCCAAUCCUGUCCUCUAUGCAUUUGCUGGACGCUCCUACAUUAAAGCUGAUGGCCUGGCGUUCAUGGCCAGACUCUUUGAGGGAACCGUUCUGGACUAUGGUGCUCGGAAAAGCCAACAGCUUAGAGAUGUCAUCAGGCUUUAAAACUCAAGGAGACACAUAGGAAUAAGUCUUGGACAAUAAAUUAUACUGGAUAUUUAUGCACCUGUUUGUAUUGUGACUGAACAAAGAGAGGACAGUGUAAAGACAUGGCCCGUGAUGGGAAAAAAAACAACACUCCAAGUUAUUUACUUUAUGAUCACUAAAAAAAAAUGUGUUUAAUAGAGUAUGAAUGUAAUCCAGAAACACUAGGUUUGCCAUAUGAUCACAUGAACACCGUGUGGGGUUUCAUGAUUUUACUGGUAUUUAAAACCAUCACCUUCACAUGUCCAUCAGAAAUAAGGUGGCCAGCAGGUUGAGGAAUACAGUGAAUUCAGAUGUUCUUCAGGUAGUUCAGGUAAGCAGUCCAGACUGAUUUUUAAACCAGUGGUGAACAUUUGAAGGGGUUCCAAAAGUUUGACUAGUGAAAUUCACCUGAAAAUUAAGUGUUUAAAGUGUUUAAAAAGGUUUGAAACCACAAGAGACCAAGUAAACUGUUAACUUCCACAAAUGUUUCAAUUGAUCCAUGUGAAUAUGGCAGCUUCCAUUAUUAAUAAAAAAUGCAUAUUGAA